AUGGACCUCUUCACCAACCCCAUGAGUCUCAAGAUGCUGGUUCCAGAGGAAACAGUUCAAUCUCUUUCUGACAGAGGACAAGACAUGAAAGUCUCCUUCCUUGAUGCGGGGGUGCACGGGGGGCAACGAGCUUCAGGUCUGGUCAACGAUCCGUCGAUCGCAAGCCUUCCAUCGUGCCCAGCAGGCCUCGCUCGCCUAGCAGGAGCGUCUCGCGUUGUCCAGGAGACGGAUGGCAGCCAUGAGACUUUUAUGCAAGGGCUAGCGCACAGGGAUGAGCACCAGGAGCAUGAGGAAGGCGGGAGAGGAGCGACGGGCAAGGACAGCGAGGGGGGAGUCGAAGAUGCAUCAACUGGAAGGGAGCACAAGAAGAAUUGUCAUUUCUGCCAGCACGUCAAGGUGAAGAAGGGACGGUCAAUGGUCGCAUGUGAGACGCCGGGCUGUACGUUGCGAUUUUGCGUGCACUGUUUGAAUACGCAAUUCACUCAAGAGGUGGAGGAGGUGUGGAGGAUGAACGUGAACGGGAAGUGGAGUUGCCCUCUCUGCAAGCAGAUCUGCUGCUGCACCAAGAUCCCCCGCCUGUGCGACGAACUUCACCGACACUGCAAGGCAUACAGAUAUCGAGACAAGAGAGCACAGGAGCAGUCGCGCAGGUGUAAGGACAGCUUCCCGAUAGUACUGGGGUAUCUCUAA